GAUCCCCGGGCGCCAUAUUGCCGCUUCCCUGUGUCUUUUAUUAAGCAGCGCUGCUAGGGUUUCCGUCUGAGAGUGGAUCAUGGCUUUUCAGUGUAUGAGAGACAGUUAUAUGAAAGAAUUUGUCACGUCGGUGGUGUCCUGUUCCCCUGCUGAACUGAAGCUGGACAGCACCAAUGGCAAGAAGGAAAAAGUGAAGGGCUUCAACGUAAUAUUAAAAGAUACCAUUUUGUUCCCUGAGGGAGGAGGACAGCCUGAUGACCGUGGAACCAUCGAGGAUGUGGAAGUGUUGCGAGUGUUGAGGCAGGGAGCGGAGGCAGUGCAUUUCACUAGUUCAGCUCUCGAGGAAGGACGUGAGGUUCAGCUCAAGGUCGACUGGAAGCGUAGGUUUGAUCACAUGCAGCAGCAUUCAGGCCAACAUCUGAUCACUGCUUUGGCGGAUGCGAUGUUUGGCUACAAAACUACCUCAUGGGAGUUGGGCCGUCAGCGCAGCAGUAUCGAGUUAGAUACAGCCUCUGUGAAGCCGGGAGAGAUGGAAGCGUUGGAGGACACAGUCAAUGACAGGAUCCGUGCUCAUGUCCCAGUGAAUGUGCGCCUGCUCUCUAUAGAUGACCCUGAUGUGGAGAAGGUAAGGAGCAGAGGGCUCCCUGAUGAUCAUGCCGGACCAGUAAGGAUCGUCGAUAUUGAGGGAGUAGACGCCAACAUGUGUUGUGGGACCCACGUAUCCAAUCUCAGUCAUCUACAGGUGAUCAAGAUCUUGGGGACAGAAAAAGGGAAGAAGAAUAAAACCAACUUGAUUUUCAUAGCUGGAAACCGAGUACUGAAGUAUGCAGAUGAAUGCUACAACGCGGAAAAGUCCCUGACAGCGCUGCUGAAAACAGGGCCUGAUGAGCACAUCGAUGCCGUGGACAAACUGCAGAAAACAGUCAAGCGUCUUCAGAAGAGUAACCUCACUAUCCUCAGAGACAUGGCUGUUCUUAUAGCACAGAACUUCAAGAGCCAGCCGGAGAAAGACAACUUCUUCAGCUUACACAACAAGGACGGUGACAACGAGUUCAUGAACAUCAUUGCCAAUGAGAUUGGCUUUCAGGAGACAGUUAUUUUUCUGACAGUGGGGGACCCGAAAGGAGCAGGAAUGUUUCUGCUUGCAGGACCUGAGAACCUCAUAACUGACCUGGGGCCACGAGUGGUGGAGAUGCUACAGGGAAAAGGUGCUGGGAAGAACGGACGUUUCCAAGGCAAGGCCAACAGCCUGGCGAAGAGAGCGGAGGUGGAGGCAUUGCUGCUGGAGCACAGCCGCAAACGCACUGCAGGAGAAGAGUGACAGAUGAACAGAUCGAUCAUGGAGCUCUUUCAGUUUAAACAAGGACCAGAUUUCAACUGGACUGAACCAACUCUCUUUUAAACAGCCGUUAUGAGAAUAAUCUGGUUCUAUUGAUGGUAGUGGAUGGAAAAAGCUUUUUGGCUAUUUGUUAAUCGUUCUCAUCAGGUUUAUUUGGGAAGCAUAUCUAAAGCACGAGAAUCUAACAUGUGCAGGUUGGUUUGUUUAUUUAAUCAACAAAACACACACACACACACACACACACACACACACACAUGAAGCCCAGGCAGAUCAGUCUAAAUGAUUUUAUUGUAUUUUGACAGAAUUGAGACCACAGCUUUUUUCAAUUUGGUUGUUAUUAAGCUUCUAUUUAUUGUGAAUGUAUUCAGUGUAUAGAAAUGAUUAAUCCUAUAGAAAUCCUAUGGUAAUUAUUGUUUCUAUAGGAACGGCUCAUACUCAUAGACUUGUUUUACACACAAUCUACAUUUACAUGCUAAUCGUAAUAGAUUAAAGGGUUCAAAAGUAUGACUUGGAUUCACAAGCAAGUUUCGGUGUGAUAUAAAUAGGAAAUCAUACUGUUACUCCCUCGUUUUGUUGAUUAUUUUCUGUUCUACCUACGGUGGCCGAGAAGUGCAAAACACAUUAACAAAUCCGAAAACACAACGACAAAAUUCAGACAAAUCGGAAAAGGUAGGUAUAGUUGAAUGGAAUGGU